AUGAUGUGCGGAGCCGCCGCACAGUAGCGCUUGACGCGGUGUGACGCGGUGUGACGCGCUGCGCCGGCCGGGGUCGGACGGUGGCGGAUACCGGUGAGCCCGUGCUGCAGGGGACGCCGUGUCUGGCUAGCCGCGCAGGCGGGUGGUGGUGGGUGGAGACGGAGAUAUCCGCCGAGUGCCGCCACUCAGCGGACGGCUGUGACCGGACGUUCCCGCGCCGGACUGGCGGUGUCGGUGUGACCUGGUCUCGGUGACGGCUGGCCCGGGCCGGCCGCGCCGACCCGCCCAUGAUGGCGCCCAUGGAGCCGGCCGCCACGGUGUACCACAACUCGGCCGGAGCCCUGUUCAGCUCCUGGGAGAAGGGCCGCCUGCAGGCCAAACAGCAGGAGGCCGUGGACGCCCUGGUCGCAGACUACCUGCGUCGUUUCUCGGAGAUCGCCGGUCCGCUCAUCAACUGCGCGCCGAUCCUCAACUGGUUCGAGCUCGAUGCUGGCGGCGCUCGGCAGGUCGGCGCCGACGACUCGGACAUCAACACGCCGGCCGUGGCCGCCGCGCUCGUCGGGAAACGCUACGUGGCACAGGCCAGCGACGAAAUCAGCCUGGAGGUGGGAGACAUGAUCUCUGUGAUCGACAUGGCUCCGCCGGACGAGUCAGUCUGGUGGCGCGGUAAGCGCGGCUUCGAGGUGGGCUUCUUCCCCGGCGAUUGCGUGCGUCUGAUCGGGGAGGCGGCCGAGGGCGGCGCGGUGGUGGCGGGUCGCCAGCGGCGCGCCGCCACCCUGCAGCCCGACCAGCGACCGCUGCUCGGCCGGCCCGGCAAACUCGGCGCCUUCUUCAGGAGCUUCCUGGCCGCCCGUCCGUCGCGCCGGCGUCUCAAACAGUCGGGCAUCCUGCGCGAGCGAGUGUUCGGCUGCGACCUGGGCGAGCACCUCACCAACUCGGGACGCGACGUUCCGGUGGUUUUGAAGAGCUGUGCCGAGUUUAUCGAGGCCCACGGCAUCGUGGACGGCAUCUACCGGCUGUCGGGCGUCAACUCUAACAUCCAGCGGCUCAGGAACGCGUUUGACGAGGACCGGGUACCGGACCUGUCCCAGCCGAGCGUGCGCCAGGACAUCCACAGCGUGUCGUGUCUGCUCAAACAGUACCUGCGGGAGCUGCCCAACCCGCUGCUCACCUACCAGCUGUACGACCAAUGGGCGUCAGCCGUGCAGAGCGCCGAGCCGCAGCGGCUGGCCAGGGUCCGCGAGGUGACGCAGCAGCUGCCGCCGCCGCACUACAGGACACUGGAGUUCCUGGUGCGCCACCUGGCGCGCGUGGCCACCCACCACCGCAGCACGGGCAUGACGGCCAAAAACCUGGCCAUCGUGUGGGCACCCAACCUGGUUCGGAGCCAGCACUUGGAGCUGGGCGGAGUCGCCGCCCUGCAGGGGAUCGGCGUGCAGGCGGUCAUCGUCGAGUACCUGAUCGGCUCGUGUGAGCUGGUCUUCUGUGGCCGGCUGCCGCCGCUGCCGGACCCGGCGACGGACGGCAAGCGGUCUCGGCCGCGCUCGCUGGCCGUGACCAGUCCCAGUCGACUGCUGAGUCGGGCGCCGGCACCGGCCAAACCCGCCUCCCCGUCCAAGGCCGAACACAACUACAUCGAAGUCGGUGGCGGGCCGUCGGCGCUCCCCGCCAAGUACCACACCGUUCUGCGACCGCCGGCUAGGAAGAGCGGCUCGCUGCGGCUGGCCCGCUCACCUAUCCAGUGGAGGUCGCUGUUCCGCAGCAGGAGCAGACAGUCGCGCCCCGACAGAGACAUCUCGCUAGCGACCGGGCGUUUGACUCGCCAGGGCCGCGCACUGACCGAGUCAGACCUCAGGGACGGCCGAGCGGACGGCGGCCGCAGCCACGGCCUGCGCUCGGCACGCUCCUACGAGUCACUGGUGCCAUUGAGGGUCUGCCACCGCAGCUCACUGGUUCUGAGCCCGGACGGCGCGCCGGUCGUGUCGGACAGCGCCGGACGGCGGCCACUCUCCCGACUGGACUCCUACUUCGACUCCUACUCGGGCACCAGUCGCACGCUGCCGCGCAGCCGCCGCCACGAGCGGCCGCCGCUGCAACUGCCGGCCGGACCCGGCACCGAGCGCCACCGCACACAGCGAGCCGACAGCGAGCCAGAGGCCGACCGCCGGCACCCCGAAACGUCCUCCGCCUGGGGCGCCACCAGCCGAGACGUGCCGCAGGUUCCGACCGACGGCAGUGCGUCACCGUGCGGCGGGCCAGUGUCGGCGUCAGCCAGCUGCGCCGGCCGCUCCGGCGGGCCGACCCCGGCGCCGGCCAACAAAGACGCCGCGGGCAGGGCGAGCUCCGAGCUGCCGGACCAAGAGGCCGGCCCGGGGCGGCUCGGCAGCCCGGUGCCGGCUGCCCUCGAGCUGCUCGACCGGUGCCUAAACCCGGCAGACGCCUACGAGAACAUAGAGCAGCGCGCGGCUCCACUGAGCGCGCCUCCGCCCGGCCAGCUGUACCAGAACGUGGCCGCCGAGCAGAGCCCGGCCCGGGCCGGCGCCGCGGCGUCCCGACAGCCGGACGAGCCGGACGCCGGUCUCUACGAGCCGGACGCCGGUCUCUACGAGCCGAUCGCCUUUUCGGCUCCGUGCGGGAGCGCCCAGCUGGCCGGCACUCGGUCGGCCCAGACCGAGCCGGCCGAGCACCGCGCACCGCCCGCCGAGCACCGCGCACCGCCCGCCGAGCACCGCGCGCCACACACACAAACGUACGACAAAGCGGGCCAGUACGCGGAAGGCCUGCCGUACGAGAACGUGGACGAUGGAGACGGGGAGGCGGAUGGUGCCUGGGUGUACGAGGACGUGGCGCCGGCGCCGGCCGCCGCCGAGGAGAGCCACUAUGAGCCGGUGGGCGCGGCCGCCGCCCAGCAGCAGCCCGUCUACGAGCAGGUGCGGCAGUUCCGGCGCACUCUGCGCGAGGUGAACUCGAUGGUCCGGGUGGGCUCAUCCGCCCAGCCUGACGAGGUCGGAGAGGCCGCGCAUUGUCCAGCGCAGGCCGCCGAGCGACUGCGUGACGAUGAGCUCGACAAACUGUGGGAGGAGCAGCCACCGUGUCCUGCUGCUUCUGAGGAGCUGCCUUCCGUUUCUGAGGAGCCGCCUUCCGUUUCUGAGGAGUCGCAGUGUCCUCCUGCCUCUGAGGAGCCGCAGGGUCCUGCCUCUGAGGAGUCGCAGUGUCCUCCUCCUUCUGAGGAGCCGCCGUGUCCCCCUGCUUCUGAGAAGCCGCAGUGUCCUGCCUUUGAGGAGUCGCAGUGUCGUCCUCCUUCUGAGGAGCUGCAGUGUCCCCCUGCCUCUGAGGAGCCGCAGUGUCCUGCCUUUGAGGAGCUGCAGUGUCCCCCUGCCUCUGAGGAGCAGUGUCCUGCCUCUGAGGAGCUGCAGUGUCCCCCUGCCUCUGAGGAGCAGUGUCAUGCCUCUGAGGAGCUGCAGUGUCCCCCUGCCUCUGAGGAGCAGUGUCAUGCCUCUGAGGAGCUGCAGUGUCCCCCUGCCUCUGAGGAGCAGUGUCCUGUCUCUGAGGAGCUGCAGUGUCCCCCUGCCUCUGAGGAGCAGUGUCCUGCCUCUGAGGAGCUGCAGUGUCCCCCUGCCUCUGAGGAGCAGUUCCCUGCCUCUGAGGAGGACACUGUGACUGGGGAGGGAGGGGCGCCCGCGGCGGUCCGGGCAGCCACCCCUCCGGCAGUGGUGCGGUACCGGAUGGCGCUGUCGGCGAAGGGAGAGGAGGACAUUCAGGAGAGCGCUCAGUCCGGAGCUGAGCGCAGCGGCAGAGAGAGUCUGGCCAGCUCCGUGGGUGCGUCCACCAGCCUGGCCGGGGAGACGGCUGCCAGCGCGGCCGGCACUGAGCCGCGCAGCCGCCCGGUCAGCCCCGAGCCGCCCUCUGAGCCGCCGGCCGGUGCAGCCGAGCAGCCGGAAGAGCCGGCGCCCGGCCGACGGACCGCAGGAGCCGAGCCGCCGGGGACUGCGCCGCCGGGGACUGAGCCGCCGGGGACUGCGCCGCCGGGGACUGCGCCGCCGGGGACUGAGCCGCCGGGGACUGAGCCGCCGGGGACUGAGCCGCCGGGGACUGCGCCGCCGGGGACUGCGCCGCCGGGGACUGUGCCGCCGGGGACUGCGCCGCCGGGGACUGAGCCGCCAGAGGCUGACGUAAAGUCUAACCAAGAGCAGCAGGGCGGUGUCAGCAACAUUGUCAGAGCAGUUCAGACAGUGUCCCAGCCAAAACCCGAGAGCGUGGCUAGGGUGAAGGCCAAUGGAACAGACGGCAGUGCAGAGACACAGGCCACGGAUAGCCUGCUGGAUUCCGAGUCAAUCGCACCCGCUCAACACUGCACGGGCGGAGACUGGACUGCCGCCCACCUAGCGGAGUCGGCCAGCGGGCCAGCCCAGUCCGGCUGGGAGGAGCCGGCCCAGGUGCGGCCGGAGGCGCGCGCUCCCACCCUGGCCGAGCCGGUGGCCGCGGCCCGGUCCCCCACCUGGCCGGGACACUACAGGACGGCGGCCGUAGCGCGCAUCCUGCCGCCGCCGGAGCCGGCCCGGCCGGCCAGCCUCUGUCGGCGCCCCUCCGACCUGACGGCAGCCCGCGCCGAGCGCUGCCGGCCCGGUCCGCGGCGCGCCAGCGUGCGCCAGCUGCUCUCCCGGUUCGAGGCGGCCGGCGGCGGUGAUGCAGCGGCGCGCGACGAGCCGGUGCCGGCCGGCGGGCCGCUGACGGAACGCGCCGUCGGCUCUGUGCACGAGUCGACUGUGCGCGGGCCGUACGCGCUGGCCACGCGCUCGCUGCCGCGACCGGUGACCAGGCGGCGCGCCGCCUCCCCGGACGGCUGCUGCGCGGCGCCGGCCGCCCGUGCCCGCCCUCCGUCGCCGGCACCGGUGCGACGACACCUGUCCUGCCAGGCGGUGGCCGGCGGAGCCUCGUCAGGGGUCGGAGCGCCGGGGACGGCCGCGGACGGAGCGCCGGGGACGGCCGCGGACGGCCGGCAGCGCCUCAGUCCGGCCCGGCCGGACGGCGACACCUGCCCCUCGCCGGACCCGGCGCUCCGCGAGCCGGCCCUGCCUGUCAGCUCCACCGAGCCGAGCCCGGCCGCCGACGCCACGGCGCGCCAGCGCAUCGAACACUACAAGGAGCAGCGGCGCGCCCUGCUGCGGGGGAGCCUGCCGACGACACUGGCGAUGGCGGUGGUGGGCGCGGGCGGCGCCGGGGCGCCGAGGCCGCCGGCCUCCGUCAGCCGGCAGAGGUCGGCCCCGGAGGUGCGGCGCGCGCCCCAGCUCGGCAAAAUCCGCCACAUGGCCGCCCGGUUCGAGCCGGGGGCCGUGCCCACGCUGUAG